AUGGCGAACAUCCGCAAGCGACAAUACCAACCCUCAAACCAAACACACCUCAGCUCCUACUUCACCCGCAACGCCGUGCCCUCCCUCCACCGAUCAGAAUCCCUCUCACCAGCUCUUCCCGCCGACACAGCUGCCUCUUUGUUAAGCGUCGGCAUGCGAGUGCGCAAAUCCGUCCCUGAAGGCUAUAAGACGCACAAGACACUCGGAUCGCCCGGGUUUCGUUUCCCAAGCACGGCACCACCGACAUCUUCAGCCCCAGCUAGGCCAUCGUAUAGCCCUAUGCAGACGAGGGAACUCACACCGUUCUGCGGCCUUCAUAAAGUUGGAGGGCUAGCCGAGCAAGAGAUCCCUUCUUCGGCACCGGCGAUCAUGGGAAUGGAGGAGGAGGAGGAAGACUACGAUAUGCCGGCCCUUUCGACGUCGCAGGGGAGUUUCAUGUCAACGCAGAAUAGCUUCAUGGCGUCGGCGCGGACGUACACGGAGUCGAAGAAGCGGACAUAUGAGGACGAAGCGGAUGAUGACAUGGACAAAUUCUUCGACGAACAGGGCGAUGAGGACAUGGCUAUAUCGCAGCAGAACACCGCGGCUAGGCCUAUUGCACGGUUGAAGGGCACGACUCGCAAGGUGCAGCAGCAGCAUGGAGUGAGGAUCUUUGGGAGUGAUGAUUUUGAUGAGGCGCCGUUUUUGAUGCCGAUGGAGAUGGAGCAGUAG